ACCUGUGCUGUGGACAUCUUCUCGGCUGGCUGCAUCUUCUACUACGUGGUGUCAGGAGGAAAACACCCGUUCGGGGACAGCCUGCGGCGACAGGCCAACAUCCUGGCAGGCACCUUCCAACUGACCUGUCUGCAGGAAGAGGCUCAUGACAAGGUUGUUGCGAGGGAGCUGAUUGCAGCCAUGAUCAGCAGCGAGCCCCAGACGCGGCCGUCGGCGCCCGUGGUCCUCCUGCACCCCUUUUUCUGGAGCCAAGAGAAGCAGCUGCAGUUCUUCCAG